GGCUACCACUUCAAGGCUUUUGACUGAAAUGUUGGGCUUAGGCUCUCGGCCUGUCUCAAACCCCUUAGAGCAAUCUUCAGGCAACUCGCCGGAUGCCCGAGUCAGUGCCUUGUCGCAGAAGAAAUUGUUUUUGUUUUGUUUUUCCUAAAGCAGGAAAGAGAAGCCAAAGAAGAAAGACGAAGGCGAGGUACGACCGUGCGGUAACGGUGUUCUCUCCGGACGGGCAUUUGUUCCAGGUGGAGUACGCCUUCGAAGCCGUCCGCAAAGAUCGGUUAGGAAGAUCGUGUCAUCGGAUGGUCACGCUGCGCUGGCCUGUGCUCUGUGUCAUUGGACUGAAAGCAGAUGCUCGUGUCUUGAUAAACAGAGCACGCAUUGAGUGUGAAAGUCAUAGGCUAACGGUUGUGGAUUCCGUAACUGUUGAAUAUAUAACACGUUACAUGGCGAGCCUGCAGCAGAAGUAUACGCAAAGUGGUGAUGCAAUUUAGGCUUCCGUUUGGGUAGUGGAGUGUUCUCUCCGUUACGAUUCAUUGUUUUAUUAUUACUUUUCACUUACUUUUUAUUAUUAUUUAAUAUUUUAUCAUUAUUUUUUUAUUACUAUUUAUAGAAUAUCUGAUAUUACCUCACUACCUAAACGCAACCUAGAAUUUCAACUUUGAUUGCAGGUUUUGACCCCUACACUACAUCCCAUCUAUAGAUUUCUUGGGAACAUUUCAAGCAUGGAGGGCCAAUGUGACGGGGAGAAACUAGAAUUGGAUGAGGGAGUUUCUAGAGAAGAAUUAUAAACAGGACUUCUGUACAUAAAACCGUGAAGUUGGCCAUUCCUGCUUUGCUUGAAGUAA